AUGGCCGCCCGUCCGCGGGGCCGCGGGGUGUCGGCGGCGCCCUGAGGCGGCGCGGCGCGGCCAUGGUGCCUCGAGGAGCCGCUCUGCCGCCGGGCACCGAACCGCCGCCGCCGUCGGUGUGAGAAGCGCGGAGCCACCGCCGCGCCACCGGGGAGCGGGAGCGAGAGGAGGAGGAGGAGGAGGAGGAGGCGGCGGCGACCCCGCGGGUUCAGUCUGCUGCCAAUUCACAGAAAGGGAAGAGAAUGGCUGCAAAGGAGAAGUUGGAGGCAGUAUUAAACGUGGCCCUAAGGGUCCCCAGCAUCAUGCUGUUGGAUGUCUUGUACAGAUGGGAUGUCAGCUCAUUCUUCCAGCAGAUCCAAAGAAGUAGCCUGCACAACAACCCUCUCUUCCAGUACAAGUACUUGGCCCUUAAUAUGCAUUAUGUGGGUUACAUCUUAAGUGUUGUGCUCCUAACUUUACCAAGGCAACACCUGGUUCAGCUUUACCUGUACUUUCUGACUGCACUGCUGCUUUAUGCUGGGCACCAAAUUUCCAGGGAUUAUGUGAGGAGCGAACUGGAAUCAGGCUAUGAAGGACCAAUGUACUUGGAGCCUCUCUCUAUGAACCGUUUCAUGACUGCUUUAGUAGGGCAGCUGGUGGUGUGCACGCUCUGCUCCUGCGUCAUGAAGACCAAGCAGAUCUGGCUCUUCUCCGCGCACAUGCUCCCUCUGCUGGCUCGGCUCUGCCUCGUCCCGCUCGAGACCAUCGUCAUCAUCAACAAAUUCGCCAUGAUUUUCACCGGCUUGGAAGUUCUCUACUUCCUGGCAUCAAAUCUUCUGGUGCCCUAUAACUUGGCGAAGUCUGCGUACAGAGAGCUUGUCCAGGUGGUGGAGGUGUAUGGGCUCCUGGCACUGGGAAUGUCUCUGUGGAACCAGCUGGUGGUCCCAGUGCUUUUCAUGGUGUUCUGGCUCGUCUUAUUUGCUCUUCAGAUCUAUUCCUAUUUCAGUACACGGGACCAGCCUGCCUCCAGAGAGAGGCUCCUCUUCCUCUUCUUGACCAGUAUUGCCGAAUGCUGUAGCACUCCAUACUCACUGCUGGGAUUGGUCUUCACAGUCUCUUUUGUUGCUUUGGGAGUUCUGACUCUCUGCAAGUUUUACUUGCAGGGUUACCGAGCGUUCAUGAACGAUCCUGCUAUGAACAGGGGGAUGACUGAAGGAGUCACACUCCUGAUCCUGGCCGUGCAGACAGGUUUGAUUGAGCUCCAAGUUGUGCAUCGGGCGUUCCUGCUCAGUAUUAUUCUUUUCAUUGUGGUGGCAUCCAUCCUUCAGUCCAUGCUGGAAAUUGCUGAUCCCAUUGUCUUGGCACUGGGAGCCUCAAGGGACAAGAGUCUGUGGAAGCACUUCCGAGCAGUCAGCCUCUGUCUGUUCUUACUCGUGUUCCCCGCAUACAUGGCCUACAUGAUUUGUCAGUUUUUCCACAUGGAUUUCUGGCUGUUGAUCAUUAUCUCCAGCAGUAUUCUAACCUCUCUUCAGGUGCUUGGGACCCUCUUCAUUUAUGUUCUGUUCAUGGUGGAGGAGUUCAGGAAAGAGCCAGUGGAGAACAUGGACGAUGUGAUCUACUACGUGAACGGCACCUACCGGCUGCUGGAGUUCCUGGUGGCUCUGUGCGUGGUGGCCUAUGGAGUCUCAGAAACCAUCUUUGGAGAGUGGACUGUCAUGGGCUCCGUCAUCAUCUUCAUCCACUCCUACUACAACGUGUGGCUGCGGGCCCAGCUGGGCUGGAAGAGUUUCCUCCUUCGCAGAGACGCUGUGAAUAAGAUAAAAUCUCUGCCCGUGGCCACAAAGGAGCAGCUGGAGCAGCACAAUGACAUCUGUGCCAUCUGCUACCAGGAUAUGAAGACUGCUGUAAUCACUCCAUGUAGCCAUUUUUUUCAUGCGGGUUGUCUUAAGAAAUGGCUGUACGUGCAAGAAACCUGCCCUCUGUGCCACUGCCAACUGAAGAGCCCUUCACAGCUCCCGGGACUGGGACCAGAGCCAGUGCAGCAGCCAAAUCCUAGUGCAGAGCAAAACACCAGGCCUGGAGAUGCAGCUGAGCCUGGUGCUGAAUGUGACCACAGGCCAAGCGUGAAGGACAGCCCGAGCAGGGGCCACGAUGGACACGACAGCCCCGAGGCCUCUGCCCACCCGGGGGAGUCUCACAGCAUGGACAGUGACACGAGCCCCUGUGAGGCCAGCCAGGGAGCAGCCUGUGCUGCAGAACUCAUUGCAGCCCCAGAGGGGUGUUCUGCUCGAGAUCUGGGGGUUUGUGUCCAGCUCUGAGAACACAGAGGAUGACGUGGGAACAAACACAUUUCAGAGAUCCACGUUUGACUCAGAAGAAAACCAAUCCUUCCACAGCUGUGAAAGAAGUGUAGCUAUUAAUGCUGGUCAAAAUGUAAUCUCCCAUGCUGAUUUUUAUGGGCUGCUUGAUAGUGGUAACUCCAGUGAGAUGUAGUAGAAAUGACUCCAGAAGCUCUCUGAACUGUGGGCAUAGGAAGGAUGUCUGGGAAUAAAUAGCAGUGCUAGAGUGUUUUCAAGACGUAGGUGAGGGGUGAGAGGAGUGAGGGGUCUGUGAGACGUUGUGGCCAGAGGGACAGGAGGCUGCCUUGGUUUUGGUCAGGGAGAGGAGUUGCACAGAGCCACGUCCCAGGUCCUGAGGGGCGUUACGGGCCGUGAGCUGCCGGUCUCUGGCAGAUGGGCAGCUCUGGUUGCUGACAUUUUCUAUGGCACGUAAGCAAAAAUCAAAGAUGUAACAGCAGUGAUUGUACCAGGAGGUGGAAGCACUCUUAAUACGUCGUGUGUAUGCUUUGGGUGUUCUUGGGGCAGUUGCAUUUGAAUUUAUGUAAUCUAUAGUGACUCUUGACUUUUAUGACAGAGUCGUCAAUAUUUUGAUGUAUAUGAAACUUCUGCUCAUAAUGGGCACAGUGUGGGCUGCAUGAAGUAAACUAAAGCUCUCAUGAACACUUUGCCUCUGCAGGAGGAAAGUGGGAUGAGUUUUAGGGCACGGAUAGAGGCCUUGCAGGACUGUGCUGUGUAAUGUUAACCCUUGCAGCUGAAUUAAAGCAGUAUUAAACUCUGGCGAUAUUUGCACUUUGGGAAUGAGUACAUUAUUGUGUAUGAUCAGACUCCGCAAAUGCCACUUUUAAAAGCUGUUAAUAGGUUUGCACCUUUUUUUCUUUGACAAGGACAUGUCCAUACUUAAAUUUUUACAUUCAUCAUGGCUUCAAGUAGAACAAGGGACUGGGGUGGGGAAAUAGGCGGGAGUAGGGGGCAGGCAAUUUUUUUAUGUGAAUUUUGAUAUGAAGAGAAAUUAGUCACUUAUUUAUACGAUAGGCUUGACUCAAGUGUUUUUCAAAGUCGGUAUUCCUAAUGUGAAAUGUGAUACUAUUUUAUUUUUAGUAGUAAAUUUGGAUGUAGACUGACAGACAUAGCUGAAUGUCUUAAUAAAUUACAUUUGAAGAUUUUUA